GGCGGCGCUUCCGGCCAGAGGUCAGUGGAAUUGGAGAAUUCUUUCGUGUGAUCUUCCAUAUAUACGUCAAUAUACACGGUGGGAUUCUCAAGUCAGUGCAAGAAGCAACUGCUGAGGAAACUGAUGGUAUUGCGUCAAUAGCAUAAUCAUACUUGAAAACCGAACCACCAUGAAAGAGGUAGAAAUUGUUCGCUACAAGUGUGAACGGCGUUACAUCUUUUUCAUGGCUGGCCUAUCUGCUUCGGCUCAAGCAUGAUUCUGCUAUUGAUGCAAUACCAACAAUUCUUCAACAGCCGCUUCUCGCAAAACUCGAGAACCCCUAAUUCCCACGAGAGCUCCCUGAUGAAAUGAUGAAAUGCUUCCACGAAAUAAUGAGAUGGGUUGAAAACUGGCUUGUUUCUAAUGAGAAGCUCCACAAGCAUAACUCCAAAACUAUAAACAUCACUCCUCCCAGUCAGUUCAUACUCCUUGUCUAAGUAGCCAAUCCUACCGUGCAUGUACAACUGUUGCCACAGGAGUAUGUUUCGAGUGAUAGAGAUCUUAAAUCACCCAAGUCAGAUACCUUUUUAGAAAAUUGUCACGUAACAAUAUAUUGGCUGAUUUGACAUCCCUAUGGAGAACUGGCACUGUAGCAGCUAAGUGGAGAUAAGCAAGAGCAGUCGCAGUUUCUACUGCAAUCCUAAUGUGAUCAUCCCAUGAAAGCAAGAACCUAACAAUCGCUUAAGUGUGUCAAGGACAUAGAGUGUUCCAUUAGAUAUGAACUCAUAGACCAGCAAAGGCACCAAUGUUUCAAAAAAACUAAUCAUAGACAAUUGUUCUGGACUGACUUCCGAAGUCAAGAUAAAGCCUCAAACCUGGUGGAUAUAUACCGGGCGUUCUCAGGCCAUUUGCAGUCCGAGCUCUCGUUGACUGUCGUCCUGCUAAUGGUCGGUGCAAUAUGUUCUCACUGCCAUGUGGUCCUUCCCCUCGAUCUGGCGCACAGUGUCGCGGGAUUACCUCGCUGACAGGUGGUCCUUCCUUGGACACAGAGGGGCACGGUUCAUGUGUCUUAACUCUUAAGCGGUGGCUUCAUUUUGUUCCCCUCUGUGUAUCUCUGAUAGGCGGUCCCUUUCUUCCUGGCCCGCAUGUCGAUCUUCUCUUCUGGUGUGUGGUGGCUGGCAGAUUGGGCGGGUGUAGGUCGGUCAGGUGACACUUUCUUUCUUCUCCCUUUAUGUAAGUUUAAUUUUCUCCGAAGCUUAGCAGGAUUGAGGUGCAUUGGUGAUUUCAGGAUGAUAUGUCGAAUUGUCAAACCCCUUUGUUUUUAAAAGCUUUAUACCACAAAUUUCAGUCAUGGUCAAUUUAUUGAUACGGUCCAGGAUGAUACGGUCAAUUUCACCCAUACCUGUGGGUGUGGGCAUAAACAAUUCUUUUCCAAGAUCAUUUCAUCAUCCUAAAUAAAUCCAUGCUCAUUGUACUUUGACAGAUAAAUUGUUUGAUCAUUUUGUGUUCAUCAAAUGUCACAAUACAACAAGAGAUUCAAGGGAAACAAGAUACAUGGGCUAGGCUAUCUGAUGUGUACAGAUAAAUUAUUUUUCCAAUAUCAUCACAGAAGGCAGCAAAAAAAGGGACGCGGAGUAUGUGAUGGCGAGCAUACAGGAGCUCGGUAUCAGGGACGUCCAGCAUUGCUAUAAGAUUCGGAGCAUUUAAUGUCUGAGCCACUCGGCUGGUCCAGCGGGAGCACGGGAAGUGAAGAUAUACUGAACCAUACACAUCUGACAGAUGGGGCAGGGUUGAACGCCGUCGACGGUCCCUGGAUGAGCCGUGGCUCGACGUUGUCGCCAGCGUCCUGAUCCGUGGACCAGGUACGGUGGUUCCCGCUAGCGCCGGCAGUGCACGCAGUUAAUGUAGUGGUUGGGCGACUCGGUGGAUAAGGAAGUGAAGUUGGAUUUGUGUCUUAUCGCGGUGGAGGGAGAGGUGGAGACAUUGACUCCGGCGACGGCGAGUGGGCGGUCCGGCGAUCUCGCAGGUGUUCCGCCGAGCAUGGAAUUCUUGCUGCAGCCAAUAAACAGAACUCUGCUUGAGGAGGUCAAUGAAAGUAACGGGACAAUGGAGCCCGUUCGGUUCCCAGUGGCCGCGCCGGCGGAGAUUCCUGCUCCAGCCCCGGCCGGGUCAAGUGCGGACGGCCAGAUCUAUCGGCCGGAAGCAUCAGGCGGGGACAAGGCUCAGGGGUCAGAGCACUCAAUAGAGCAGUUGGACCCCAAGACGCCAGGAUGGAUGCAAAGGGUGCGUGUAGGUGCUGCUGCUCCAGGCAGGCCUCCUUGUGCGGACAGGGUCACGACGCUGGAGAAGACCGUGAGGGAGUUUGCGGAGCAUCCAAGAGACAUAGUUAUGAUGCCAAAGAUUGGAACCAGUUUCGACACCCUCGGAGAAGCAUAUGACUUUUACAAUUUGUACUCAUGGAAGAAAGGAUUUGGUAUUCGUUACAGAAAGAGCAGGCUGAAUGUGAAUAGGACGAAGUGUAUGCAAGAGAUCGUGUGUGGAUGCGCGGGCAAGCCAAUCGUUGAGAAUACUCGUUCGUGCCGGUGUGAAUGCCCGGCCCUCAUCAGACUCCUGAGGACAAAGGACAAUGGAUGGUACAUAGCAGAGCAUCGAGAUGGGCACAACCAUGCAUUGUCACAAACGUAUGGCCAGACAAUACACUGGCCGUCACACAAGCAUAUUGACGUUUACAGCAAGGAUCUAGUUAAGCAGUUGAGGCAGAACAAUGUCAAUUUGUCAAAAGUCUACAGCAUUAUUGGAAGCUUUUUCGGAAAGAUGGAGAAUGUGCCAUUCACCAAGUAGCUCUGCGAAAUUUGUGUGGGAAGAUAAGCCUGGAGCAGUCAGAAGAUGAUGUUAGGAAAACAAUGGAAGUGUUUCAUGAUCUGUGCUCAAAGGAUCCUCAGUUCACGUAUCGAGUUCAGGCGGACAAAGAGGGCAGGAUCAGCAACUUGAUGUGGGCUACAGGUAACAGUAGGCUGCAGUACAACUUCUUUGGGGAUGUCAUCACAUUUGACACAACCUAUAGGACCAACCUGUAUGACAUGCCAUUUGGGUUAUUUGUUGAAGUGAACAACCAUUUCCAAAGUAUCAUACUAGCUGGUGUGCUAGUUCGGCAUGAGACAGAGGAAACAUUUGAGUGUGUCUUCUCGGAGUUUGUGAGGAUAAUGGGGGGAAGGACCGUGGGACUCGCCCGGGGGCUACCAUCAUUGGGUGGCGUCAGGCGCGCCUUGCUUGCGCUAGCCCGCACAUGACAGUCCAGUCGGGCCCACCUAUCGGUGUCUUCGCCUGGAUGGCUCGGACCUGGACGACCCGGCCAGAAGGUCUAUGACGGAUGGAGCACAUGCCAGCAUGGGGCCACCGUCAUUGGGCGAUGUCCAUCACGCCCACACGCGCUCACACCACACUUUUCCUAAAAGUAUGCUACCAAGCAAGAGUACGAUCCUCGGGACAAUUUGGUGAAUUGACCUGAGUCUCAGGGUCUAUUGGGAUUAGUGGUUUUGUUUUAUAUUUCAAGAGCAUCCUGGGUUUUUGGCCGGCACACACCUUUUGGGCUACUGGCUACAUAUCUGGGCAGAGAAUAAAUUGCACCAACUGAAAAAAAAUCUGUGAAAAAUUGGUUUGCGGAUACCGGCUUGGCGGAAAAAAAUCGCGGAAGCCAGACAUUUACAUAGACAGCUCAAGACCGAGGUAGUGCGCACCACUAUGUGGUGUGGAAAUUAAUAAGAUAUUUUUCCAUUUUCAUCCUACUGAACUGUUUUUGAUUUCUGUGGACUAGACUUAAACCAGUUGAUCAUGUAUGUGUAGCUGUUAUCUAUUAAACCAGUUUCAUCCUAUUUGAGCUGUCUUC